AUGCGACUUCCGCCUCGUGCCUCGAGAGCCUUACGUCUCUGCGCCGCAGACGAUGUCGACCCGGAGCCUCUUCCAUCCAAGAAGCCUGACAAGCGAGACGCAUACGACGCCUUUAGCUCUCCAGACUCCGCGUGGUCUACUAUUUCAGCAAAGAAGCGCAAGGAGAAGGGCAAAGACCAACGCAAGGACGCCUCCGUACAGAAAUUCAAGCUCCGACUACGAACUGUUCCCCCGAACAACAACGGACGCAAGUCUUACUCGAAGCGCGACGACGUAGAGGCCGCACCGGCGGAGGCGAAGCCGCAGCCCAGGGUGACACUUUACCUCCCGCCGCCGCCUAAACCUCAGCAACGCGACUCCAAGCCCCUGCCGGCCAGCCAGCUUCCUGCAACCCGGCAAGGUGGGUCGGACGACCUAUCUCCCCCAAGCUUCCGUCCCAUGGCGAUCCGGCGUGUUGCCCCAGCUCACAUGUCGCUCUCUGCGUACCGCGCUCCCACGCAAGGGCGCCGCUCGGAGGAGCUGUCUUCAGACUCGCUGCGGGACCACCACGCCACCUACGAGGGAGAGGACGAAGCUCCGACUCUCACCUUUGACGAGGGCCAUCUCUCUCAUCACUACCAACAUGUCCGACGAGCGAUUGCAGAGCGCAAACGGUUGGCGGCCGAGACCUGGGAUCUUCUCGACCUUCCGAGCUGCGGGGUCGUCUUUCAAGACGAGUGGAGAGCCCAGCCCGAGACGACCGAUGAGAUUCGAAUAAUUUGCUGGGCGGCACAUCGUCGGGAUACCUGA